UAUUAUUUACCUGAGAUAAAUGAGUGAGUUCUUUGUUGUGUGAAAUGGAAGAUAUGAAAGGCACAGAUGAAUGUGGAAGGCUGAAUGAAAAGACAAAGAAACAGAAGUUCUUACGAGAGUUGGAACAAAUAAAAUUUCAAAAAAAUAUCGUUGAAAAGGAAAGAGCAGGAUUUAUAUAUGAUAAGCGUGGUGAAUCAUACAAGCAUUUCCAAGAUGUUGAAAAGUCCCUGAGUCAUGAAUUAUCAUCUGAAAGAAUCAAACUAGAACAACAAUUGAAAAAAAUGAAAGAAAAAGUCGAUGGGUUCCAAAGAGAAUUGAAGCAGGUUAAAGCCACACCAGAAUUUGUUGCAAGACUAAAAACAACAAUGGAGGAUAUUGAAUCUACUAUUGGUUUCUUCAAACAAAAACAAAGAGAAACAUUUGAAACUUUGAUGAUCGCUGAGAAAGAAACUGAACAAGAGCUCAUGAUAUUAGAAGGUAAAAUUGAAGCCAUGAAAGACACAAAGGCUCAUACAUCUGCAAAAUCAAUCAAACAAGCAGUUAAACAGCAAAUGAGUAAUUUGCCAAAGGAAAUUCAUGAUUUUGAGGUUUAUGUUGCACAAAAUGGAGGUUUGCAAGGAGGUUGGGAUGAUUAUGAUCAUGGUGCUUUUCUUCGAAUCCGAGAUAAAUUUAAGGCGAAUCGUAGUUUCAUACCAGCUGCAGCAAGACAAAUUCCUGGUCGCUCACAGAAGGACGUGGAAGAUCAUGAAAAGUGGUUUACACACUUCAUUGAGCUCAAAAGAAGAAAGAAAGAGGCAAUUGAAGUUUGGCGUAGAAAUAAGGAAGAAAAAGAAAAUUGUAGAACAGAUCCUGCUAAAGACGAUGAAGAGCUACAAGAAUUGAGAGAAAAAGAAGAAAAGGAAAUUAGAAAAAGACUUCAGCAUGAAAGAGAAAUCAAGAAGGAACAAUUGAAGAUUUGGAAGACUCAAAAAUUGGAGAAACAGCGACAAGAAGAAGAGAGAAAAAUGGAGGAAGAAAAACAUAGAGAAGCUGCUGAAAGGAAAAAAAGAAAGGACAAGGAAGAAGCAAUGAAACCUGCCAUUGAAGCUUUGAGACAGAAAAAAGAAAACAACGAACGUUUGCGCUGGAUGGAAGAAUUUGAAGCAGAACAACGAGAAAUUGAGAGGCAGCAAGAAGUUCGACAAAAAAUUUCUUCUUUCCAAAGCAGAGACCGUGUUGCCCUGAAGUUGAAACAGACGGAACAGAUGAAGAGAGAUGGAUUAGAAGAGAUGAAAAAGAAGAAACUAGAAAAGACCAAAUUGAAGGUUGAAGUAGAAAGAGAUCCGACAAGACUAUACAGAAUGACAGAAGGUUGGGUAAAUAGGACCAAUGCACAGUCCGAGACGAUAGCAACAAAUAAUGGUGUUGCGAGAAUGCCCCACAGGGCUGUUCCAUCCUGGAGACAAAAUCUUUGACAUCUAUGACAAUCCACCACGGUGGAUGAUUAUAUUUAAUUCAAUCGUUCUCAUAAAAAAUUUAGCAACAAAAAUAAUACACAUUGUUGGAGAAAUGGCGGACAACCUGGGUGACAUAAACAUCUGCACGGAUUAACUACAAAAUGCAAACGAGAUACUAAUUAUUUUUUCUGGUCUGCAAUUCCAUCGUGCGUCUUCAUUACAUCUGGAAGUUCAGGAGGUGAAGAGUACGGUUCGAUUGUUAAA